AUGUCAGAGCUGACUUCUUCUUUUUCUUCACUCGACGAGGCGUCACUAGAUUUACCAAAGGGUUUACUUACCCCCUCCUCUCAUAAAACCGGACCAAUUUGGUACAAAGACGCUACUCGAGAGGAAGAGAAAUGCGCUCGCCGGCAGGAAUAA